ACUUAAAACUACUGAAAUGAACUGUCAACAAACUCUGAAAGUUCAGAACAAAUUGUUCAACACAAUACAAAAUUCUCAAAAUUGUAGUUACGUCAGUUUUUCCUGACUUUUGGCCUAAUCCCGAAAUUCUAAAACCGCCUUUGCCAUGGCCAAACGUGAUAUCCUGCCAAUCUUUCCCUCGCGCGCCAACUCGGUGCUCAUGAAGCAUCGCGUGGCAGCCGGAAAGCGAGGAGUGAACCUUUUGAAGCGAAAACGCGACGCCAUCGACAUGAAGCUCCGGGAUCUGAAAAAGAACUUUGGUGACAUGGAUGAGCUGGCGGACGACAGCAUUCGGGAGGCGAUAUUCUCAAUGGCGAAGGCCAAUCUCCUGGGCACCGACUUCAAGCCACAAAUGGUGGGCUCAAGCAGGGUGGCAACCACAUAUCUUCGUCGCACUCAACAGAAAAUCGUGGGCGUGACCAUAAACGUUCUCGAACUGGAGUCCAAGGGCGGAGGUGCCUUUCCCCUGGCAGGACUCAGCUGCGGAGGAAUACAGGUUAACCGGAUUCGUGAAGCCUAUUUGGAAGCUCUGAAAAGCUUGACCCAAGUGGCCUCCUUAGAAUACCAGAUUCGCAUGCUGGAGGCUGCCUCGCGUCAGACCAACAUGAGAGUUAAUGCCCUAGAGCACGUGGUGAUACCCAUUCUGCAAAACACCUACAACUACAUCCAGGGCGAGUUGGAGGAGUUUGAGCGCGAGGACUUUUACCGACUGAAACGAUCGCAGGCCAAGCAGUUGGAAGCCAAGAUGGCCUUCACCGAGCUAAUCAAGACCAAAAACAUGACCGACGAGGAACUGGAAAACUACAUGAGAAAGGGCAUGGCCCAGCAUCCGGUGGCGGACACCGCCUUUGACGACAGCGAUUUCCAGGAAGAAGAGGUGAAGAGGAGGAUGCGCACAGCUCGUCUAUCCCUGGCCGAGAGACGCGACAUUGAGCGCGAGGAAGCGCAGGCCCGUGGAGAGAAACGGAGGCCGUCAUCCUAUAUUACCACCCGCAGUCUCAUUGACGCUGCGGGACGGAAGCGGGAUCCGAGGGCCAGCAGUGGUGAUCUUUAUAGCACCAAGCGAUUGCUCCACGCCAGCUUAUCCAGCUUUUCGAACGAAAAGCAGCCUAGUAAGAAAGGUCAAGAAAAAAAGAGUCAACAAGAAGAAGAGGAAGAGGAAUAACAUAUUGACGAAAAAUUUAGCGCAUAAAUCAAAGUAAUAUUUGUUUUAUUUUUUUGAUUUUUAAUAUUAAAGGGACAAUUUAUCAAAAA